AUGCCAUAUUUCACGAUCGAUACAAACAUACCAAAGGAUCGUAUUACGACUGAUUUCCUAAAGAAGGCAUCAGGUACAGUUGCAAAGGCACUUGGGAAACCGGAAAGUUAUGUGUCAGUCCAUGUGAAUGGUGGACAACCGAUGGUGUUUGGCGGAAGUACGGAUCCGUGUGCCGUGUGUGUUUUGAAAUCAAUCGGUUGUGUUGGUCCUAGCGUCAAUAAUUCGCAUGCAGAAAAACUGUACAAGUUGCUAGCUGACGAGCUUAAAAUUCCGAAGAAUCGAUGUUACAUCGAAUUUGUGGAUAUUGAUGCGUCUUCAAUGGCUUUUAAUGGAUCUACUUUCGGAUAA